AUGAUUUUUCAAUGUAGCUGUGAUACCUUCAACCAGACUGAUCCGACGAAUGACCCUCCUAAUUUCUGCUCAGCUGCAGAUACCGACUACAUAUACUCGGACGAGCUUGACUCUGAUGGAAACCCAACAGACUUCAUUGAGCUGUAUUGGUACGAAGAUGACUGCUUCACACUCCCUAACACUGGAAGCCCAGAUGUAAUGAAGCGGUGGUAUUCAUUAUAUGAGAAAGUCGGAGGUUUGACUGCAAAACGUUCCGUAUUAGCCACUCAAGGCGACGAAGACUAUGACCUCCCGCAACUCUGUGAAGGGGAUGACUGCUACACAGUGCCAAAGUUACAUAGUGAAGAGUUCCGCGAGCUGUUAUGGGCAAUAGGCAAUGCGACAGAGGAGGAUUCUGAUGGAAUAUUUGGUGGUCUGUUCCCGCGCGCUCGCAAACCCAAAAUUUGCCAAAACAAGAAAACUAUCAGCACUUUCAAAGCGAAAAACUAUCCCAGUGUUGGAACCCUGUCUGCCACCCGGCAGUUCUACGGGGUGGUCAAGUCUGGCGCAAAGACUGCCAUCUGUAACGGACUGCCAAUAACUCUUGGAAAGCGAAUCCUGGGCACCAACUACGUGGUCGAACAUGUUACCGAACUUCAAACCCCAGCUCAAUUUGCCACGAGCAUGCUUUCUGGGAAGCUUCCUAGUGGGGCGGCUGCUCCGGGAACCGCAUCGAACUAUGACUGGACCCAAGUCUUCUCUCAGAAUGGCUACUUUUUCCAGACUUGGGCACAAUUAGGAGUCACACAACCCACUGGCCUGACUGGGGAUACUCCUGCAGAGGCUAUUGCUAAUGCACUGGGAAGUACCGCUGAUAUUAGCAAUCUCCAAAUCUUGGACGCUCCGACGAACGGGUUCAAAGCCGCUGUUUGGCAACUGUUCGACAACAUUAUCUCGCCAAAGAGAUUCAGUGCGGAGAGUGCACAAGGAAAAGUCGACAUGAUUAAUCGUCUUUACGAUACUCUGCCAGGAUACCUGAACAGUGUCGAUGUACAAGAUUCUUUGGAGUAUGGCUAUAAAGCAAUCAAGGCAGCCAUGGGGGCCCUCGAUCAAGCUGCGCAAAAUAACCCGAAUGUUAACGGCAUCACAGCCUCCUCGUUCGAAGACGCAUGGAUAACUUACUCGAAAGACUUCUUCGAGCAAAUGCAAGGGAACCUUCAGGAUUUCGUGACGGCUCGUAUCAAUGAGGUUACAGAGUAUUGGAGUUCAAGUGCCGCAACCAAAGCCUUUACCAAGACCGGGGCAGCGGCAGUUGCGAAAGCACUUGGCGAGAAGCUGAGUGGUGUGUCUACGGAUGUUGUCAUAGACAGCACCUUUGUUCAGUGA